AUGUCCCUCCUUUCGAACAUAGCGGUGUAUGCCGCAUACCCUGCUCUGAUCUGGAGUUCAGUUGUGUACCUGGUCCAGAGUAUUGGGAUAUUCCAGGUCUUCCGAGGCUACUCCCGCCCCCCUCGAAGACCAGUCUCUCCCUCCCUCUCCGACCACCUCGUCCCUCACAUCACCAUAAUCCGUCCCGUCAAAGGCCUCGAGCCACAACUAUAUGAAUGCCUCGCCUCCACCUUCCGCCAGACCUACCCGCGGUCCAAGCUGACAGUCAACCUUUGCGUCUCCUCCGAGGACGACCCGGCGUACCCGGUUCUCGAGAAGAUUGUCGAUGACUUCGGGAGUAGCGGCAACGGGGAGGGAUACGACGUCCGCCUUCUCGUCGAGGAGUACGACCCGCUGAUCUCGGGCCUCGACGGCAACGAGCUGGGGCCCAACCCCAAGAUCCGCAACAUCAGCCGCGCCUACCGCGAGGCCCCCGCCGACUCCCUGAUCUGGAUCAUGGACUGCAACGUGUGGAUAUCCAGGGACGUCGCCGGCCGCAUGGUCGACAAGCUGAUGGGCUUCCUGCCCGGCGGGCGGACCACCACCCCGUACAAGCUCGUCCACCAGCUGCCGCUCGUCGUGGACAUACCUCCCUCCGACGAAGACAACAACAAGAAGAAGCCAGCACCAGGCGACCAGGAACAAGCAGGCCUCCUGUCCAAGGCGUGGCACCAAGGAGGCGGCCGCCUGGACGAGAUGUUCAUGGCGACCACGCACGCCAAGUUCUACAGCGCGAUCAACACCGUCGGCGUGGCCCCCUGCGUGAUCGGCAAGUCCAACAUGUUCCGCAAGGCCCACCUCGACAUCUACACCCAGCCCUCCCACAACCCGCGCCUCUCCCCCGGCGACGCCGCCCGCGGCACGGGCGUCGACUUCUUCAGCAGCUACAUCUGCGAGGACCACCUGAUCAGCGACCUCCUCUGGAACGCGCCCAUCCCGCCCGACACAACCACUGCCCCACCCCGCCCCUACGGCAACCACGCCCUCAUCCCGGGCGACCUAGCCAUCCAGCCCGUGGCGCGCGUCCCCAUGCCCGCCUACUGGGCCCGCCGCGUCCGCUGGCUCCGCGUGCGCAAGUGGACCGUCCUGCUCGCCACCCUCGUCGAGCCGGGCGUCGAGAGCCUCCUGUGCAACCUGUACUUCGCCUACGCCGCGACGACCCUGCCCUUCUUCAGCACCACCUUCGGCAUCCCGCAGACCUGGGCUGCGACGGCCGCGCUGUGGGCCGGCGGGGUGACCGCCUGGAUGGCCUGCGACCGCGCCGUGCACGCGCGGCUGCACUCGUGCGCGUGCGUCGACCCGGUGGACGACGGCGCGCCCUUCUUCGCGCGCGGCACCGAGGUCACGAGACGGGGCUUCGGCGAGUGGCUCCCCGCGUGGCUUGGGAGGGAGCUCCUUGCGCUGCCGAUCUGGACGUGGGCCGUGCUUCUGGGCACGACCGUCACGUGGCGGGGGAAGAGCUUCCGCGUCCGGAGCGACAUGAGUGUUGUCGCGCUCGAGAGUGCGAAGGGAAGUGAUAGCGGUAAUGGGACGGCAAAUCGGAGCGCUGUAGGUGACAAGAGCUGGGAGGUAGAGCAGGACGGUCAAGGUGUACGCCCGGGCCAGCAUCAGGACGUCCCGCGCUGGGAGGGGCGGCCCACGGCGACUCACAGGAAGUCUAGGUCUUAUGUUAAGGAGUAG